AUGGUCAACAAACCCAUUGCCGUUGGAGUGCUCGCCCUCCAAGGCGGCGUUGUCGAGCAUCUCAACCUCCUCCGCAAGGCUUCUGCCCAUAUCCAGUCCGCCGAUAACCUCCAAUUCACCUUCAAUGAGGUGCGCACACCACCACAGCUCGCCCAAUGCGAUGCCCUCAUACUACCCGGCGGCGAAUCCACUACCAUGGCCAUUGUCGCCAGCAGACUAGGCUUGCUCGAGCCGCUGCGAACGUUUGUCAAGGUCCAACACAAACCGGUCUGGGGUACUUGCGCCGGUUUGGUCAUGUUAGCAGAGGAAGCAGCGGCAACGAAGCAGGGCGGACAGGAACUGAUAGGGGGUCUGAACGUUCGGGUGCUCCGCAACCGUUACGGCACGCAGAUGCAGAGCUUUGUGGCCGGGUUGGAUUUGAGCUUCCUCGGAGACAGUGGGAAAGACGACCCGUUCAGAGCGGUGUUUAUCCGGGCACCUAUCGUGGAGAAGAUCAUUACUGAGGGAGAGGUUGAUGGGUCAAAAGGAUCGAAGGUGGAGGUUCUGGGUGUGUUCCGGGCAGAGGGACAACAAGCACGGCUGGAGCAGGGAGGGGAAGCAGAGAAAGGAGAUAUCGUCGCCGUGAGGCAGGGGAAUGUCUUUGGGACCAGCUUCCACCCGGAGCUGACGAAUGAUAUCAGAAUACACGUGUGGUGGUUGCGGCAAGUGGUCGAUGCGUUGGGCCAUGGGAAGUAG